ACUUUACGCAAUAGCCCAACACCAGAAUAGCCCAACACUAAAAGGGAGUACCCAAGCAGAUCCCAUCUUCAGUCCAGCCUACCAUCAACACCAACCCCCUCCUACCAUGUCCUUGGCAGACGGAGAGUACGAGAUAGAUCUAAAUGAGCUCCUCAACAUCUCCACCAUAGCGCCCAUCAACGAGUCGGAGAACAUCGCAAUACGGUACGGCUUCGUGCCAGAUCUGAUGGACCAGACCAAGCCGUUGCGAUUAUACCAGAAUGACCAGGAGUGCUUGUUGAAAGCCAAUUCAAACGAGGGCCCCGAGAAGCCGAUCAUUUUUGAGGGCUUGACCCAGAAACAUCGCGGAAACGACGCCUUCUACCUCACCUACAACCCUGCACAAGCCAGUACCGUCCUGUUGAAACGGUUGAACAGUACCAUCAGGUUUAGCAAGUCCAGAAAUGCAUCCAAGCUACAGACAAAGCUUGAUCAGUGGGAGAAGGACGUGGUGGAGAAAGAGACAAAACGCAUGAACCGAAAGAAAGAAAAGUCGCCUGCUACCCUGGCAGCUCCCACAACCCCCAAUAAUCCUUCAUCUCGUUCGUCUCUAUCGGCAAAGAGACCGCCCACCGCGAAUAACACACCCGAACCAAAGAAAGGCGAGCCAAUAAUCAGCGAGAGCGACUUCGACGACUUGAAUGACUUUGAAUUCGACGAGCCAAAACCACGAGCCAGUAAGAAACCUCCCGUGAAAAAGAUUUCAAAGCCAACUCCUGAUAAGGAAACUAGGCCGAAGAUACUGGCUGGGCAAAAAACCCAGCCUAAAGCCCCAACAAAGCGUUCAAAGAAAGUGAAAUCUGCACCUAUCAUCGAGCGGGCAGAUAGGGAUGAUUCGAUGGAUAUUGAUGACGACUUUAAAGAUCUUGAAGAUCAAUUACAGGAAGUUUUAGAAGAAGAGUCCAAAUCAUCUGAGGACCAACUCAGCUUCGAAGAAAAGCCCCAAGCGGACAACGGUAUCAAAUUCGACUCGGAUGAGAGCGAUUUUGACGAUUACCAGUUUCCAGGUAUCAAAAUUAAUGUGGAAGAGAACGACACCCAACCUUCUCGAGGUUCAUAUUCAGAUACCUACUCAAACUCAGCAUCAAAUCAAAAGCCUAUGAGCUUAAGAGACCUCAUUGGGGCAGGAAAGAAAUCACAAGACGAUGAUAUGAGUAGCAGCGAAGAGGAAUAGUGCAUGUUUGGUAGGGAGUGUAUUCCUACACUCCGGAGAGGCUUUCUGUAGUCUGCAUUGAAUGCAGAAAUAACUACAAUGACUCUUUGUCGUACUGCAGUACGUAAUGAGUCCAUCAAGAAUGGUUCUCGGUAUAGGUUAAUAGAAAAGUAAACGUAUCGGAAAUUAUUUAUUCAUGAACGAGAUGCACUUUAUAAGGUUAUAAUGAGUAUUUCAAGCAAUGGUUGGGCUCGGGGA